CAACAGAGAUGCUGGUAAUCACUCUGAUAGCGCUGAGGUUUGUAUGUGAAUGUAUGUAACGGAGGCUUUGGAGCUCAUUCGCUCAAUGCAUCACACAAUAAUCUAAUAAUUCUAUGAUAAGUUCUAUGAUAAGUUAUAUCAUAAAUUCUAUGAAAAUUUCUGUGAUACGUUAUGUGAUAAAUUCUGUGAUAAUUUAUGUGGUAGGUUAUAUACUAAGUUAUUUCAUAAGUUCUAUGAUAAUUUCUGUUGUAUGUUCUAUGGUAAGUUGAAUGAAAAGUUUUAUAAAAAAAAAUUAUGAUAAUUUAUAUGAUGAGUUGUAUGAUAAUUUCCAUGAAAAGUUUUUUGAUAAGUUCUAUGAUACGCUUUAUGAUAAGUUAUAUAAGUUUUAUGUUUGUUAGCCGACGAAAAGAUUUCAAUUUGUGUGUGUGUUUUUUUACUGCUAUAGCUUGGACUGAGCUACUGAAUCUAGUCAGGAAAUUGUCUGCGUUAAAUAUUUGAUGUGAAAUCAUUUUGAGGAGACUCAAGGAUCGUGUGAAAAUCACGGUGAUGAAUAAAAAUAAUUAGCUAACACAUUGAUUAAUAGAUAAUCAGAUAUCACGCUGAUGAAUAAAUAAUCAUUUAUCACAGUGAUGAAUAGAUAAUACGAUAUAACACUUGUGAAUAAAUAAUCAGCCAUUACAGUGAUGAAUGGAUAAUACGAUAUAACACUUGUGAAUAAAAAAUCAGCCAUCACAGUGAUGAAUAGAUAAACAGCAAUCACAAUGAAGUAUAAAUGAAUAGCAACCACAAAGAUGAAUAUAUAAACAGCAAUCAAAAUUAUGAAUAUAUAACAAUGAUGAAUAGACAACAGCUGUCACAUGGUUGAAUAUAUAAUGAGCAACGUUCUCUAUAAAAUGAACUAUAAAGUAAUGUCCGAAAAAAAAUAAUUAAAUUUCACAAAUACGCAUUAAGAAGGCAGGAGUAGCGUUCUGUUGAUGACAGUGAAUCAAGUACAAACUAAAGCACCUUGAGGGAUACCGCAAUCAAGUACAGACUAAAGUACAUUGAGGGUGACCGCAAUCAAGUACAGACUAAAGUACAUUGAGGGUGACGGCAAUCAAGUACAAACUAAAAUACAUUGAGGAUGACCGCAAUCAAGUACAAACUAAAGCACCUUGAGGGAUACCGCAAUCAAGUACAGACUAAAGUACAUUGAGGGUGACCGCAAUCAAGUACAGACUAAAGUACAUUGAGGGUGACCGCAAUCAAAUACAAACUAAAGUACAUUGAGGGUGACGGCAAUCAAGUACAAACUAAAAUACAUUGAGGGUGACCGCAAUCAAGUACAAACUAAAGCACAUUGAGGAUGACCGCAAUCAAGUACAAACUAGAGCACCUUGAGGGAUACCGCAAUCAAGUACAGACUAAAGUACAUUGAGGGUGACGGCAAUCAAGUACAGACUAAAGUACAUUGAGGGUGACGGCAAUCAAGUACAGACUAAAGUACAUUGAGGGUGACGGCAAUCAAGUACAGACUAAAGUACAUUGAGUCUGAUGGUUUUAAAAAUCCAUCACAGCUUUUGUAGAGCUAGAAAUCACUACGUGCGUCAAAACAUCAAAAUGAUUGACAUAGGACAUUCACUUGUGCGCAAUCAUUGGAAAUGUUUUAAACAUGCUUUGUUUGUAAAAAAUUAUAUUGCAACGUAUAUUGUAACAUAUUAUAUUGUAAGACAUUUUAGUGUAACAUUAUAAUAAAAGCGAAUAUAUUACAUAUAAAUUUAUUCGAUUUCCGUAAAAAAUAGAAAAUAGCUUAGAUCGUUUUUAAUAAUCCGAUGUAUUUAAAUCGUUUCGGUUCUUUGGCGUUACGGUCAGCCUUGCUCAUAUAUAUAUAUAUAUAUAUAUAUAUAUUAUAUAUAAUAUAUUAAUAUAUUACUACAAUAUAGACAGGAUGAAGACAUUUCUGAAAAAAAAGUGUUGGAAAAACUACAUUUCAUAACAAAUCAUUGUUAUUCCUAUUCGCGUGUGUUUGUAUUUUGGUAAAAAAUUACCAAAUCAUAUGAAGUGUAAAAUAUGUUAGUUUGUGUAUGGAAGGGAUUACAAUCCGUUGGAAGAUUUUAUUAAUUUUGAUAAAAUCUUGGGAGAGGGGGUUGGUCAUUUUGCCCCAAGCGGCCCAAGAUACGUCUCAAAAUAAAGGAAUGAAUUUGAUAAAUAACUACCCUUUUUGGAUACACACAUAUCGGAGGUAUGAAAUAAAAUGUGUACAUUUUUACGUGGAUAGCAAUAAAGAAAUUUUAAAUUCUAUUUUACAAAUAAACAUAUGUUUACCAAUUAAGAAAAUCAAUGGCAUUAACAAAUCGUGGAUACAAUUAUAUUAGUAUAUCCAUGAAUAUCAAAACCCAAUCAUUUUACACACUUGAAGAUUUAAUUUUAAAAAUUUGAGAUCGGUUAAUAGUUUCUUUCAAAAAAUUGAAAAUAUAUUUUUGUUUUUACUUUGAGAAAACUAAAGUGGGUGUGUAUUUUUGAUAAGAUUAACAAUUCUUAAAGAAAAUACUCACACGUCUGUUAUAGACGUAAAAAACAGUUGCGAGAUUCUUCCUUGGAUCAAAGUAUUCUUCGUUUUACGAUUUUCUGAUUGUGUCUUCACAAAUUUUAGAGAAAAAAAAAGUUGUAGUUUCAGGGCAAAGAAAUGGGGUAAAUCUAAAUUAAUUCUCUAUUCAUAGAAAAUCGUCCCUCAAUUAACUUCUUAGUGGAAAAAAUAUAUAAUUAAUGAUAUAAUAGAUUGGGUAAUUUAAAACCAAGAAGGGGAAAAUAUAGUUAUCGGUGCUAAAGGGAGUAGGGUAGGCGUAUAAAAUAUAUUAGAUACAUAUUUUCAAACCCUAAUGAUGUUAGAAAAGUAUAUAUCACUACCUAGAUACUGCUUUUUAAAGUUAGGAAUUGUGAAUAAUUUUUGCAAUAGCAGGUAGAAUUAUCGCAAAGGACCUACCAUUAUUAUCCCGAUAACAUCGGGUCAUAUAUUCUGGUAUUUAAUAUUUUUAGCAGCCUUAUAAUUUAAUAGUGUCUAGGCUUUAUUUUAUGACCUUCUCUCGGGGAGAAGCUACCAAAAAACCCGUCUCCUUUGCCUUGGGAAAGAGACGUAGGGAUGUGAGUUUUUGGCUUCGGGUAGUCUGCUCAACCUUACUGUUCGGUCACGCCAUGUAGAGGCAAAAUUCUUUCGGGAAAGGCCGGAGCGUAACUUUUACCUGCCUCGCAAUAGAUAACGUCUGACCCUAAUCCCAGUCAAUCCGCCAUAUGCAGAACCGUCACGUCCCUCCAUACAUUUGGCCUUGACCGAUGCAGCAGUGAAGAGACGCAGCCCUGAACAUGUUCAAAAAGUGGCUGCCCUUGAGACCAUUGCUGUGUUUUUAAACAUACCAUUAAAAGUGUUCACGGACAGCUCUACCACUCUGAGAGAAAGAACUGCUGGGUAUGGUGCUCUCAUACUUAACCCAGCAAGGGGACCAUCAAAUGAAAAACUCUCGAGGCCCUCUGGGAAUGCAGCAUUAAAUUUGCGAUGUGGAGCUUGAGGCUUUUCACAGGGCCCUAAAGAGAGUUUAUCACACGUUGAAAGAGACGGAGCUUGCUAGGCUCGAUGUGAUCGUGAACUCGGACUCAAGAUCUGCUUUACAGAUCUUGAGAAAGAGACCAGGCACCACUCACUUUGUUGACGUCAUCAUCGAUGACACGCACAAAAUCAGUAAAAUAGGAGACAAGGUCACAGUGCAUUGGAUACAAGGUCAUUUGAACGUUAGUGGCAAUGAGAAAGCGGGUAUUGGCGAAAACCGGGGCGGCCCAGCAUCAUCAGAAGUACCAACAUCUUAUUUGGGAAUUAAGAACAUGCUGGCAGACCAUUUGAGGACGAAGUCGUACAGCCUAUGGGCAGACAGAACGACCCCCCCCCCCAGAGGCGUCUUUUCAAAACAGCCGACUCCUAGCAAACAAGACCCAUGGUGUGGGGUUAGGCCCCAGACAGCAGGACUUAGUGACGCAGAUGCGCACCGAGCAUUGCCCCAUAGGCACAAACUUCUGGUGGCUGAAUAACAACAGAGAUCCUACCUUCCGGCAUUGCAGCCUGGCCCCGGAGACACUAGUGCACCUGUUGACCGAAUGUCUAUCACUAGAUGUCCCGGGGGAAGCCAGGGCGGUUGGAGAGCCAUUUGUGAGGAAAAUGUUGUAUGGCUCAGCUCAACAGAUGGAGCUGGUAGCCAAUUUACUACCCGGGGUCAUAAGAGAGUAAUCUCAGACCUUCUCCAGAAUAUGUAUGUUAAUUAUUAUUUAAUAAUAUAUAUAAGUAUUAAUAUUAUAAAUCAGAAACACAUUUAAAAUAACAAUUAAAGAACUAUUUUAAGCAUCUGAAACGAUUUGAACGUGACGCUGUUCUUUGUAUAAUUAUUAAUUCAUAAUCGCUAUUCUCGUGAAAGCCCAAGCUUCAUAUUUUUGUAUUUGGGGUUUUAAUAUUGCGAAAUUAAUUGUAAAUUUAUGUUAUUUGAAUUUCUUCAAAUGAUAUCAAAUUACCUACAUUUUUCAAUCAAACUCAAAGUCCACGAAUGAAAAAAUUAUAAUAAUCUUUUAAGAACUUAAUUUAAACAAAAAAAUUAAACUUAGUUUUUUUAUAAUCCUCAAGUAAAUAACCGGGCGUGAACAAAACUAAUAAUGUUCUUUUACCUUUUUUAAAAAAAAUUGAAUAUAUAUAAUUAUUUUAUUUUUAUAUUGUUUAUAUUCCCUAACAAAUUUUAGCUUUGAUUUUUUUAACAUUUGAUCAGGUUUACCUAUAUUUCAUUACGAAAAAUUUGAUUUUAUAAUUUUAUAGAGAAAUAAAAACUUAACGUUUAGAAAUAGUUUUAAUAUGCCGGUUAAGCCAUUACGUGCAGCCAAAUGCCACUCACUAAAUCACGGAUCAUUCAUCCGACUAAGAGCAAAACCUUUUGAAGAUGCAAUUGGUUUAUAUUGAUAUCAAUAUUCAAACCCCAAUUAUGUGACUGAUUAAAAUAAAUAACGAUAUUCUUUCAAUACACGGAAUUAUGUUUAUAUGUUGUUUUUUUUAGAAAAUUUAAAACAAUGCGUAGUAAAGGAAUCCGAGUUUAGAGAAUUUUAAUAUAGUUAAUUAUAUCCUAAACGUACAUGUCAAGGACGUGAAUAGCUCAUCAUUUUAUUUGCACUUUUUCGAUGUUAGAUGGAAAGAAAGGGUUAAUUAGAUUGCUGAUAAAAUUGUUAGCGCACUACCAGAUGGUUAAUAUAUUUGUUACUGCACUACCAGAUCUGUUUUUAUAGUUGCUAGUGCACUCCAUCUGCUGUUCUAUUAGUGUACGAGCUGUGUCACGUUAUAUCAAGUGGCCGAUGUACAUAUUUCACUUCCCAUUUGACAAAUUCGUUUUUUUUCAGGGACUGAUGGGCGUGGAUUCAAGCCUGCCAUGGAUAAAGACAAACUGGUCAAGAUUUUUUAUUACUUUUGGGUUUGGUCCAGUCUACGUUUGACUUCCGGAUUUCAGGUACAUUUUUAGCACGUUCUUUACGAGGCAAAUGUGUGCUCACUGUCCUUUGUUACCCAUUUGUGUACCCUGACUAAAUAUACCCAGGGUGAACUCCCAAAAAUGCUCCUCCCUCACUCACACACACAUAACUAUUACAUAGUAAUGUAAUAACAAAAUAGGAAGUGCCGCCCCUUCCGCUACCCCUAGGUAAGAAACUGGUCCAUGCUUCAGUCACACCCCUAGGUAAGAAACUGGUCCAUAUUUCAGUCACACCCCUAGGUAAGAAAAUGAUCCAUGUUCCAGUCACAUCCCUAGGUAAGAAACUAGUCAAUGUUUCAGUCACACCCCUAGGUAAGAAACUGGUCCAUGUUUCAGUCACACCCCUUGGUAAGAAACUGGUCAAUAUUCCAGUCACACCCUAGGUAAUAAACUAGUCAAUGUUUCAGUCAAACCCCUAGGUAAGAAACUGGGCCAUGUUCCAGUCACACCCCUAGGUAAAAAACUGGUCCAUGUUCCAGUCACACCCUAGGUAAUAAACUAGUCAAUGUUUCAGUCAAACCCCUAGGUAAGAAACUGGGCCAUGUUCCAGUCACACCCCUAGGUAAGAAACUGGUCCAUGUUCCAGUCACACCCCUAGGUAAGAAACUCGUCCAUGUUCCAGUCACAUCCCUAGGUAAGAAACUGGUCUGUGUUUCAGUCACAUCCCUAGGUAAGAAACUGGUCCAUCUUCCAGUCACACCCCUAGGUAAGAAACUGGUCCAUGUUCCAGUCACACCCCUAGGUAAAAAACUGGUCCAUGUUCCAGUCACAUCCCUAGGUAAGAAACUGGUCAAUGUUUCAGUAACAGCCCUAGGUAAGAAACUGGUCAAUGUUUCAGUAACAGCCCUAGGUAAGAAACUGGUCCAUGUUCCAGUCACAUCCCUAGAUAAGAAACGUGUAUAUGUUUCCGUCACAGCCCUAUGUAAGAAACUGGUCCGUGCUUCAGUCACACCCUGUCACAUGUGGGAUGAUAUUGUCAGGUGUUGUCCAAACUUAUGGUCACGAACCAAGUGGUAAUAGUGUCGUAGUGACUGUUAAGGCGCCGCUACUCUCUGUGAUUUUUCGCUAGUCCAUGCGUUGAGAAGGACAACGAAGAAAUCACAGAACACUAACGAAUGAUCAAGCAACUCCUCACCAACAGUUAUAGAUAUGAGAUGUAUUAAUGAAUUUAAUAUAACAAACUCAGUAAAGCUUCUUUACUAACUCUAACACUUGACUUAUGGUAUUUUACUAGUUCUAUCUUUGACUAUGUCUAGUACAGUUGCGUCUACCAUUUCAUAAUGAUUGUCCACGAAUCUCUCUCUCUCUCUCUCCCAUGUCACGAAGAGUUCUAUCUUACAUACCAUUCUCUACUCCCUUAUAGGUGGUCCAGGAAUGCUAGCUAUUAACCCCUCACAACCUCAUCAUUUCCGGUCAAUUAAGUACUUCCGUCGUUAACACCAAAAUAUCAUGCGAAGUCUGGAAGACCUGAGACAUAACAUUUUGUAAAAAUUCAUCCCGCCAAUCUAAAAGAUGCGAGAAUCUUUUAACCGUACCCCAUUCGCCUAACGAUUCCCUCCUUAAAAUCGCAGCAAUUUCCGUCCAACCUAUACAUUAUCUGAAGAACAUUGUGGAGUUCUGUUCUUAACCCCCACCCCAGUCAUUUGUGACACACCCCUAGGCACGAACCUGGUCCCUGCUUGAAACAAAGUUCAACCUGUUUCGAGACUUAAAAUUACGAUAUUCCCAACUAUGUAUGUAAUAUUUAAAUAUAAAUGUGAUGUUGCCAGAGAUGUAAGACUUGAAAUUAGUUCAUCUUACCAAAGAGAGAUAACGUGACAAUGUUACUUUAGUUGCCCUCAUUGGUUUAUUCUUACCAACCACUCCAAAAUUAACCUACAUUUGUUCCGCAGGCCGUGUCGCGUAAAGUCUAUGCUGACUCAUAUUGUGUUUAUUUUGACAUUACUCGACAGAUCAGUCCAAGGUAUGCCCCAAGGGAAGGAGGAACUCAAAUAACUCUGUAUGGUAAUUCUUGGAAAAAUUUUACAAACAUCAACGUGACCAUAUGUGAUGACACGUGUGGUAACAUCAUAUACAAUCAAAGGUAUAUUUUAUAACAUAAGACAAUUUUAACAUAUCGAUUAUUUUAGUCAAAAUUAUUUACAUUUAUGUGUAUAAAAAAUUCAUUACGAGUAUCAAAAAUUCAAUAGGAAUAUCAAAAAUUCAUUAGGAUUAUCAAAAAUUCAAUAGGAAUAUCAAAAAUUCAUUAGGAUUAUCAAAAAUUCAUUAGAAGCAUCAAAAAUUCAUUAGGACGUAUUCAUUUGAAAUUUCUUAAUGCUCAGUGUUUUUAAAUCGUUUGUAUUUUAAUGUUCAUUUGAAAUUAAACUAUAUCUCUUUCAUUCUCAAAUGUAUCAUGUUUUUAUUCAAAAAAGUGCAUCUCCUUCUCAUUAAAGCAACAUUACCUGUACAGUGAAACCUUUAAACGCCACAAACACUACCAAGUCGUGUAAGGUCACAGUGAGCUGGUCAAUAUCACAGGAUAAUCACAACGAGACUACACCAUUUCAACUUGAAACAGAUCAAACACUGAUAUUUCUGGUAAAACUUUCAAUAACGUAUAUCAUAAUUUAAAAAAAAAUUCUCUUACUUAACACCCUAGUAGCUAGAUUUAUUGACGCCCGGGAUGGUCCAUGACCUAAAGCUCCUCACUCACUAACACCACAAAUUAACAAACAUAAGCCAUACAGACAAGAUGAAAAUGCCGCUCUCAAAUAAUUGCUGGAUCACUUUCUCAAUCAUCUUGUACCUACGCCAGUGACUUUCAAUAAACUGGAACGAACCAUAGCCACACGGUAUGUAUUUUGGCUGAGCUGGUUACUAAACCGGAUGCCUGGAAAUGCUGAGUAUUAGCCCACCCGGCAAAUACCCGCGCACAUAUCCGGACGCAAACAAAAUGGAACCAGGUCCAGUUGUAAAAAAAAACAAAGAGUUUUCUUCUCAUAUUCUAUAAUGUGUUCAACCCAAUGGGGAAGAAAUGAAAAGUGCAUGUAUAGAGCAGUUCAUAUUUUUUAUAUACAGCAGAGACCACUUCUCUUAUCGUUAAUGUAUUGCCGCCUUAUUGGUUUUCGGUUAUCUCGAUCAUCUGUUAUCUCGAAGCUCUUGGCAAAAUCCGAGGCCAUCGACAUAACCGGGUUUGACAGUAAUUGUACAUGUUAUCCGAAUUAAAUUUUUUAAAACAAUAGAAAACUGACAAGCGGUUGGUGAGAAACUAAAAGAAACUGCAAAACUCCCAAACUAUUUUGAACCGCCUGCGAAAUUAAUGUAACUAAUUGUUUUAGUAAGAUCCAUAUCUUUAAUUAUGAUCUGGACACUCACAGGAUGUACAGAGAUGUACUGAUGUUACAGAGUUGCCAGUGAGGGAGUGUGAGUGUGUGAGUACGGUGCGCGUGGUUGAGCCUGGGUGUGGGUGGAUGUGGGGGGGGGUGUGUGUGAGUGUGUGUUUGUGCAUGGGUUCUUGGAUGUGAGUGAGUGAGUGAGUGAGUUUGUGAUUACGUAGGUGUGUGCAUAUGUGUAUGUGUGCGUGUAUGUAUUCGUGCGUGCGUUUCAUUCCUAAGUUCUGCCAUGCAAGUCAAUAAUACUAAUGUUUAGCACACAUUUAAUAAGUUUAGCUAUUGGCUUAAAUGAAGUAAAGUAAGGGUAGUAAUCACCAAAUGAUGCAAAUAUUGAUUAGAAUAAUACAUUGGUAUCAGAAAAACGAACAUCAAUCACCGUCAACGACACGCAACUCUAACGGUCCACGAUUAAUUUUGUUUUGUUGAAAGGUUAGGGCAGCUAUUCUCAACCUGUCGCUCACGACCCUCUCAGGUUGCAAUCCAACAAAAGGCCCGGGGUUGCUUGAGAAUUUUAGAAAUGUGUAGGGUUGAGUGGGUGUGUGUAAUAUGUGUAUCUAUUCUUUUUUUUUUUUUUCAUUUUAAAAUUUCAUUAUUAUUUACAGUGAUCAGACUAGUUUCUUAAUGUCACUACACUCUCACUACACUCACACUACACUCCCACUACACUCUCACUACACUCUCACUACACUCUCACUACACUCUCACUACACUCUCACUUCACUCUUACUACAAUCCCACUACACUCCCACUGCACUCCCACAACACUCUCACUACACUCCCACUACACUCUCACUACACUCCCACUACACUCCACAACACUCUCACUACACUCCAACAACACUCUCACUACACUCUCACAACACUCUCACUACACUCCCACUACACUCCCACAACACUCUCACUACACUCCCGACAACACUCCCACUACACUCUCACUACACUCCCACAACACUCUCAUUACACCACUGCUACAUAAAGGUUUGUUUUUUUAAAAAUACGAUUCAUUAGCUAGUUUUUUGGAAUUGUUUUUCCACAUACGUUUUAAGAAGUAUAUUAUAAUUGCAAUAGUAAAAUACAAUCCUAACUCGUCUGUGUUGUGUGUUUUCCUCAUUAUACAUUCUUUUAUACCUCACAUCACAUAAUCACUCACUCCUCUUCUCCAACCAAUAUUUACACCUUUAGGUUUAACAUUCAUGAAAACAACUCACCACGUCCCGUCAUACAACAUGACAACAACAGAGGCCAAUCAGGUCACAAAGUUCAAGCAAUACACACAGCAAUAAUUGUCAGUCAUACAUACUACCACAUUAAUAUAAUUUAAAUGAAUUUUUAUUUGCUUUUUGUUUUUUUUUUUUUUUUUUUUCUUUUUUUUUUUUUUUUUUUUUUUUUAAAUAUAAACUCAAACGUUAGAAUCUUGUGCACAAAACUAUUACUAGGUGUAUGAUUCAUCCACAAUUUUCUGGGAAUUAACUGCUGUGGUGAAAAGACGCUUAUUCUAAGGCUGCGACUAUUCGCACCCGGGUACCAGCAGUGAGAGGUUGGGAUUUAAAAAAAAAAAAUUAUAGUUGGGUUUGUAAGACAAAAUGAGGUAUCAAAUGAAAGAUACAUUGGAACCCCGCUAUAACGCGCCCCGCCAUAACGCGAAUUCGGAUAUAACGCGGUCGUAGCAUGGCUCCCGAAAUUUGAAAUUCAUUUACUUCAUCAGGCCUAAGUUCUUUGAAAAUUUUAUCCAUUGCUUGGAAAGCCUUUUUUUAAAGCGAAAAAAAAUCACAACUUUUCAAAAUAUCGUAGAAAAUGAGCCCUUAAACGCACCACGUUCAAACUAGCAUCAAAAUUAAUGCCGAAAACGAGGCUUUCUUCCGGUAGAAUUAUAAAUAGUAAUACGUAUACGUUCUCUGAAAAAAGUUAAAUAUUGUUAAACCGCGCAUUAACGCAACCCCGCUUUUAACGCGAUCCGAUUUUAUGGACCCCCGAUCAUCGCGUUAUAGCGGGGUUCCACUGUAAUUGAAUGGACUACAUGUUUGUAAACCUACUUCUUCAGUUCGUUAAAUAAACUACCACAAAUGACACCCGAAUAGCAUUGAGUCUAAAUGGACCCAGGCACGCAGGUCCGCCAUUCGCACUGUAUAGCACUGGGCUCAGUCCUCGUUAUAACAAGGUGCUUUUAAUUCAUCACUUUAUUGGGAUUUUAAUGUCCACUUUGAUUUCAUCACACCUGGACACGGACAGGCUUCUCUGACUCAGAGCUAGUAUGAAAGACUAGAAGCUUGAUUAACCUAGACCAUCUCGUGUGACCUAAAAUGUAUUGUGUCCUUAUUGAUCAAAAUAAUCCUAAUGUCCUAAAAUGCAUUCUGUCCUAAUUGAUCAAAGUAAUCUUAGUGUCCUAAAAUGCAUUCUGUCCUUAUUGAUCAAAGUAAUCUUAGUGUCCUAAAAUGCAUUCUGUCCUUAUUGAUCAAAGUAAUCCUAAUGUCCUAAAAUGCAUUCUGUCCUAAUUGAUCAAAGUAAUCUUAGUGUCCUAAAAUGCAUUCUGUCCUUAUUGAUCAAAAUAAUCCUAAUGUCCUAAAAUGCAUUCUGUCCUUAUUGAUCAAAGUAAUCUUAGUGUCCUAAAAUGCAUUCUGUCCUUAUUGAUCAAAGUGAUCCUAAUAUCCUAGACAUGUUAAUUUCUGCAAGCUCCAAUUCGGGUAGGAACAAUGAGAUUCUGAUGAUGCUUUACUCCAAUGUGUUGUGAAUUUAAUGCGGAAUGCUCUUUAUUUUAAACAAUAAACAAAUGUUUGCUGUGCGUUUUAAGGAAUUAAGAUAUGCAGCUAUUUAAUUCAUGUCGCAAAAUAAUUUUUAAUGAAUUUAUUUAUAUUUUCAUGUAAACACCAGAGUUUUAAAGUUUUUUUAAAUAUUUUUUUUUGUUUAUUUCAACGUUUUUGAAUGUUUUUGAUUAUUCAGUCACCCCAAGUUCAUUUUUUAAAAAAAUUUUCAGUCACCCUAAGUUCAUUUUUAUUCACUUUUUCGCAGUCACCUAUGGUCCAAUCCUUUCAACCAGAUUUCGGACCUCUGUUUGGUGGCACUUUACUAGAGGUCAAAGGUCAGCAUCUUAACAUCGGCAGCAGAUCCAGAAUUAUCGUCGCAGGAAACGAAUGUGACAUUAUUGGUGAUAAAAUUGCAACAAAUGAGUUUGUACAAUAUUUGAAUAAUUAAAUUUUGGUGCUAUUUUAAUAAGAAACUAUUUACUUUAAAUAAUUUAAUGCUUCAAUUAUAGAAAAUAUAUUUAUAUUUCUACGUAACUAAUAUUUUAAUUAUAGGAUGAUAUUUUUUACAUUUCUAAAUAACCAAUGUUUUAAUCAUAAAUUUUUGUCCACAUUUCUAAAUAAUCAAUAUUUUAAACGUGUAAAGCUGUUCGUCGUUUCCAAAGUUCAUGUUCUUCCUAUGUAUCCACAGAAGCAUAAAGUGCUCUACAAGAAAGAACAACAAAGCUGCCUGUGGUCAUGUAGAAAUAUACAUUGAUGAUUUCAACCAGAAGUUGACCAACGGAAACUUCUGCUACAAACAUGAUCCUGUCAUAACUAAAAUUUAUCCACUUGCUUCUAUUCAAAGGUGAAUAAACUUUCCUUCAAAAUACCUUGUCUUUAAAAUAGCUUGUAUUUAAAAUACCUUUCUUAAAAAUACCUUUUCUUAAAAAUACCUUGUCUUUAAAAUACCUUUCUUAAAAAAAGAGUUGUUUUUUUAAUGUAGGGCCAAAAUGAUUUUUAAAAAAAAUGUAAUAUUCGAUAAAAAUGUACCAUAUAACCGAAAACACAUAGCUGGGAUUUCAACUUUCACUUAAUUAUUAUUAAUUUAUUAAAAUGUGUGUUCUGUUAUGUAUAUUAAUGUACGGGAUCAACAGUGGCACAGCUAUGGUUAGUGACGACCAAGGCAAGACAAGAUUUGUGCCACACCCUUCUUUGAAAAGAUGCUACCCGGGGGGGGGGAUGAAGUCCACUCUCCUCCAUCUUCCCACGCCACUGGGAGUCAGCAGUUACUGAAGUUUGGGGGGAUGAAAAGCAAAUUUAAAAGUAAAUUCACUAAUNAACACGGAUGUCCUGUCCCAAACAAACAUGUGUAGCGUCCCAGCCAUGUUAAUCCAAAGACGCCUCCGCUGGCUUGGACACGUCAAGCGAAUGCAACCUGGUCGCAUACCAAAGGACGUGCUAUACAGCGAGCUGGCGACAGGGAAAAGGUCAGUUGGACGGCCUCGUCUGAGAUACUUAGACAUAUGCAAAAGAGACAUGAAGUCGGCCAACAUCGACAUCUCAAACUGGGAGGAGCUGGCAGAGGAUUGAUCCUCAUGGCGGGGCAUCGUGAAGGCAGGAUCACUACAUGCCGAGGAUCAAAAGAUGGCGGAAACAGCUGCAAAAAGAGCGGGGAGGGAGGCCGGUAAAUACUGCUCCACCGCAUUCGUGUGUGGGAAAUGUAACAGAGACUGUCAUUCGAGGAUUGGUCUCACCAGCCACACCAAGACCUCCAAGCAAUAAAGAUAAUCUAUCGUCUCCCGCAGACGGAAAGAUGCCAUACAUACAUACAUACAGAGCACAACGACUUAUGAUAAGCAUUAUAAACCCAUUUAUUCGAUGUUGUAUUUUUUGAAUUAUCGAUUGCCUAACUCUACGUAUGCUUUCUCCAGCGGUGGUACAACAAUGACUCUAUCAGGUACAAACCUUGACAGCAUCGCGUCUUCCCAACUUGCAAUCGUUUUUAAUUACGACACCAUGAAGGGCAGUGACGUAAGCUUUUUUAAAAUAAUUAUACAUUUUUAAACGCAUGAAAAUCAUCGGUGGAUAGGAUCCCUAUGGCAUUCAUCUUCAGGUAAUACCCCAUGACAUUUAUAAUUAUGUAAAAUUCACAUGCCAUUCAUUAUUUGAUAGAAUCCCCGUGAUAUUCAGCGUUGGAUGGGAUCUCCGUGACAGUCAUUGUUAAGUAGGAUCCAUGACAGAACCAAAUACAUCACUUUCUUUGGGAACGAUUCGUACACGAAGUGUAAAAAAACACUAAAUCAUAGCAUCGUCUAGACCGUGCGUUAAAUAUUUUAAAGAGCAAGUAGCCAUAAAGAAACUUUUGAGUGCACAGUAGCCAAGUAGUCAUAAAGAAACUUUCGGUAUUUUGAUUGAUGCACUAAAAAUAAACAGCAGAAUUUACUUAAAUGAUUAGAUAAUUAAUAAUAUUGUGUCAUCUUAAUUGGGAGUUUCUCUAGAGGAAUUUAAAUAAGAGGGGGGGGGGGGUAUAAAGGUUUUACUAAAGAAAGGACAACAACGUCUCCUAGUGUAGUACGUGGGGAAAAUAAAAAUAAACAGAAAAAUUUACUUAAAUGAUUAUAAAAUUAAUAAUAUUGUGUCAUUUUAAUUGGGAGUUUCUCUAGAGGAAUUUAAAAAAGAGGGGGGGGGGUAUAAAGGUUUUACUAAAGAAAGGACAACAACGUCUCCUAGUGUAGUACGUGGGGAAAACUCUCUCUCUAUCUCUCUCUGAAUAAAGGAAUAUACGUUUUAUUCAAUAAUAGCCAUGGAUAAUGCACACAUUUUUAAUGUACACAAUAAUUCUAGAUACAAAUAAAGCGUAUCAAACUGAAUCCACAAUCGCAAUGAGAUAGUUAAACUUUUCAAAGCGUGAUAAAAUGACUAGUAGAAGAACAAGGUCAUUGUCCGUCAUAAAGUGACAAUGGUGUAAACUUCACGGGACGAAAUCACAAGGCCAGAGAGUUUUUUCUUUAGGACUAUAAUGUGGGUCCCUGUACAUCAAAUCGCCUCUCUCCAUGAACCUGGAUAGCCCAAGAAACGCCAUAUGGAUGAUACAGUUUGGCAUCAGUUGUGCCGCAGGAAUUGUUAGAAUUUUUCAUUGUAUUAAUGUAUCCGCCUAUGGAACUCCUUCUCCGCGUUUUGACUCAAGAGUUUCGUUCUCUUAGACCAGUUUCCAUCUGGGUUAACGGGUCCCAUCCGCACUGAAUGCUGGCGAUUGCUUUUGCUUGACUUGUUCUUUGAACUCCAGACCACAAGCGUGGGGUUGACUCAGUUUUCACUACACGACCGCCUAGCACCAGAUGCGAUAAUAAUAUGUUCUCAACAUAAAAAUAAUGACAUCUUCAAUAAGAAUUAUUAAGAGUAUCAGAGCAAAGAACAAAGUCUGGGAACUGAAUAACUUACGUACAUUUAAUAAAAUACCGAAUCGCUAGUCCUUUUACAUAUGCAUCACGAAACCAAGGCAUCAGCUCUUGACUCCGGGUUAAAGUAGACAAGAUCUUUGUAGUGGUGUAAUAUUCAGGUCGAUCCUGAUCUCCUGGGAGCCAUCAUGGGAGUACGAUAGGAUAACUUUAUAAAAACAUUAUCCCAUAAAAAACUCUUGACCUCUUCGACCUCGAUAACAUUUCUCUUCGUGGGGAUACAUGGCAGGGCGAUGGGUUAGGGGGGUGGGAGGGUGUUUCCAUAUACACUAGCAUGGGAUUUGAACGCUAGUUACAAGGUGAAUAGCGGAAUUAAAUCUAAUAAAAAUUCGGUUAGCUGAAAUGUGUACGAAAUAAAUUUGUUCAAAUUAUAUUUGUUCAAACGGAAGUUUGUUCGAAAUGAAAUAAUGGAGAGAAAGAUGGGGGGAGGGUGUUUGCAAAAAAAAUAAAUUUUAUUUUACAGUUUACAUUUUCGCUAAUUUCUCAUUUGGACAUUCCCUUGAAAGAAGCUUUAAAAAAAAUAAUAAAUAACUUUCCAUUUAAAUAUUUAAUUUUGAAAAAAAUUCCUUUUCCAACACACUGCCGUCGAACAAUGUCCAUUUGAGCUAAUUCCUUUCGUACCAAUUUCCGGUAGUGGUAAAUUCUCCUAUCUGAGGACAAUAAUUGAAACAGGAAUUUUACCUUAAUCUUGACCUUUUUUGUGUCUUAAAUCCUUAAUAUCAACUUCGCUUUUAUUCGUGUCUGUCUUUCUUUCUAUCUCUGUGUGUGGCUAAAUCUUCGAACGGCUAACUGACCCAUUUUCCCGUCAAUUUAUCGAGUUGAAACUUGGCACAUAGACACUUUACAUUUUUCAGCCCCAACCCCCAAAUGUCGGUUUUUCCUGCUUUUCAAUGGGAAAACGAAGUAACUAUGAUGCCACUGAUUUCACGAAAUGAAAUUCCCGACAACUGCGCUAAAUGAGAUUCUUAAACAAAAAUAAUAAAUGUCGCAAACGCGUAAUAUUUUCUUUUGCUUUUCUGCAAUACUUGGUGAAAUAAAUCUGCGCUGUGAAAGUUGGUGGGACAUUAUAAUAUUUCUAUAAAAUAAAUUAAUAAAAAAAAUUAUUAUUUAAUACUAAAAACUUUGUAUUUAGCGGUUGUUGAAUUUGUUGCUAACUUGGUAAUGGAACCGUGUUUCUACUUAUAGACUAGUAGCAUAGCCAGGGGCGUAAUAUAAGUAGUGAUGUAAUACAAUGAUUAGUAAAGGUAGCGAGGAUCGUUACAAUAACACAAACAGUUUGUAGGCGUUUAUAGCAGUUUUAUUCAAUAUAUAAUAGGGAAAAGCGCAGAGAUUAAAAAUCUAGGACAAAAGAAUUUCAAGACUAUUCUUAUAUGGGACAAGUUAUAACCAUAUUUGCUUGAUCCACUCCCCAAACUUAAACUCCCCAAAUAUGAUCUCAUUCCUAUACUCUCAUUCCCAUAUGCUGGUUCCCAAAUUCUCAUUUCGACAUUCUCAUUUCAUUUCUAUACUCUAAUUCCCAUAGUCUCAUUACCAUACUAUCAUUUCUAUACUCUUAUUCCUAUGCUCUAAUUCGUAUACUCUCAUUGCUAAACUCUCAUACCCAUACUCUCAUUUCCAUAUUCUCAUUUCUUUACUCUCAUUCAUACUCUCCUUUAUAUAUCACAUUCACACGCUCAAAUUGCCCUAAAGUCUUACCUCUACGCUGUCAAUCUCGCGGUUUUCAUAUUCUUAUAUAUUUACUGGUUCUCUCUUAUAAAAUUGCCUAUUUUUAAUUAUGUGAUUUGGCAUAUAUAUCUUAAAUUUAAAAGUUAAUAUAUGUUUUCUAUAACGGUCAAUCCUUUCAUUUCUUCUUUUCAUCUAAUCCUGCAGGCUGAGCAAGGCAACUGUAGCUAUCAAGAAAAUACAACGGACAUACUUUGCUGUACUCCAAAAGUUCACAGCUUUACAGAACAUCAUUUUAAAAUCUACACUGUCAUUGAGGCGAACCUUGAAAUAAGAAUGAACGCUAAGAAAAUUGUCAUCGGGGAAGAAAUACCAAAGAGGAUACGUAUUUAUCGUGAUCCGCAUUUUGACAGCAUAUCUUCAAAUAACAUUAUGCUCUCUGCAAGCAAACCAACCCUUUCGUUGAAGGUAAUUCAGUAGUAUCUAUUUCUUCUUCUGUUCGCUUUUACGGAGUAAGCGUUGCGGGGCCGGUGUAAGGCCUGCUGAAUGUUGAUGUUGUGGUCUUUUAGUGGGUCUUUAGCACAAUCGAUCCACUGAUGUCAUGGCAUUCACCUGGCCCUGAAACCAGAGUUCUUGCAAUUAAAGGCUUGCAACGCAGGAUGCUAAUUUUUUUUUUUUUAACAUCUCCUCGUUUGUAGAAUGUCAUCUCUCACAGUGGAAAAGGCGUUUCUUUUCUUCGAGAUUUUUUAUGAAGAGUCCAGAUCUGACACUGAUAAGAAAGAUUGCGAUAAAUAGAGCAUUAAUUAGCGUUACUUCGGUUAUUAAUAUCGUUUGCUACAACACCAACCAGCUUUAAAAUGUCAAGGUAUUUCCUAUAUCAGAGAAUUUUUAUACAUUUUUUUCUUUUUGUAUUAUUUUUACUUAAAAUCUCAUUUCUCGUCGAUGCUGACCCAGUAAUGAAUUGGAUUGACUUCAAGAAAUAUCAAACCAUUCGACACUGAGUGCAAUUAUUGAUUAUUUUAUAAAGUGCCAUGUUGGAUGAAAGGAAAGAGAACCAGGCCGUCAUUGUUUAUGCUUAGAUUUCUUUCUUACAUUUCCUGAAAGAAACUUACAACUUAUGGGAAUGUGUAUCUAGUGUCUUUUGUUAAGGGAGGUGGGGGGGGGGGUGGCAGUCCGUCAUUGUUUAUGCUUAGAUUUCUUUCUUACAUUUCCUGAAAGAAACUUACAACUUAUGGGAAUGUGUAUCUAGUGUCUUUUGUUAAGGGAGGUGGGGGGGGGGGUAGCAGUAAGAGACAAAUGAAUUUGUUUAAUUGCGCAUGUUGGUGAACUUGCAUAGAUCCAUGAAAACUAGAUAUUUCUAUAGUGUGUCCACAUGGCUGUGUUUCAUUGAGUUUUAUGGGGGGGGGGGCCUUUAUAUCAGGUGAUGGGCCGUUUAUUUUACAAGAUUCUGCCUGGCUCCAACAUAAGUUUGUUGACGGAGAAGAUUUCAUACAAAUACGACUUGAAUGUUUAGUGUCGAAUCAAAUUUUUUAAAUAAUACACAUAUAUAAUACACAACAUAAUAUAAUACUGUAAGUGAACUUGUAACGAAAUGUCCAUAUUUUUAAAAAAGGUAUGCGUGUGUUUAAACAACAACAGAAUUUUAUAUGAAAAUUUUAAGAAAAUUUUACUGUUCUCACUUAGUUGCAUGUACAUUAUAUGUAUAUAUGCUUGUGACCUGAAUGUGUGUAUGCAAAAAAAUAAAUACUACGUAUGUAGUAAGUGGAAUAGCGGUCAUAUUCUAUCAUUAUAAGUACAGAUUUAUUCAUGUCAGUGUUAUGAUAAAUUAAUCCAUUUUUGAUGUCAUCAUAAGGUAAGCAUAUGGUUUAAUGUCAUAAUGGUUUUAAUGCAUUUAAUCAGUGUAUAAUAUAGAUUUAAUAAUAAUUUCUUGUAACAACUAUUAUACCACAGGGUCAGGAUAUUCCCAAAGAUAUAAAUAAAACAGACAUAAAAGUGAUGGUCGGAGAUCAGCGAUGUCCCGUCAUACAAGUAGAAGUUGAUGUUCUUGAGUGUGAUGCACGAAAUUUCAUUGAUAAAUUCAUACGUGAUGUAACAGACCAGACAAGUGUCACUCAAGUCACAAACUUCACAAACUCUACUGUCGGGACAACGACGCCGGAGCCUGUGGGGCCAUCACAACGUGCAAUAGAUAGUAUAAUUACUAAUGAUAAUAAAUCUGUGUCACUAUACUCCCUUUCCACAACAACGACCCCGUCACUAAAACAACCCACAGACCCACCACAGCCUAGCUAUAUGGUGACCAUUGAGAUUGGAAACUAUAAACGUGAACUCGGACAAGUCACGGUAUCACUGGAUGGAAGCGCCCCUGAAACAUUUUACUUUAUAGCUGCCUACGGAGCAGGUGCUUCUGGUCUUUUCAUUGUGCUGCUGUUAAUAGUUACAGUAAUUUUACUGAUAAAACUGAAGAAAUCAAGACUAAAGAAAAAUCAAAUCAAUUCGUUUAGAGAUCUGGCAGAGGCACGCCUAGGUAAAGAUUUAAUCAGUUUCUUCUCUCGACGUUUUUUGUUUUUGUUUAGCUUUAAAAACUUCUGGGUCUAAAACUUUAGUGUUGAACAUCCUUACAAGUUGAGUAUAAGCCAUAACGCAUGUGUUUUAUAAUUCGUUAUAAUACAAUCUUACAGUUUCUGUAGCCCAGAGUGAAAACAACUCAGGAUUUUUUAAGUGUCAUAAUUUUGGGGAAUUUUUAUUUUCAGGAGUUAUGUCCAUAAGCCCAAGUAAUUAUUAUUAUUUUUUAAUUGCAACUAUAAACAAAAGACAUUUAAUUUAAACUGCAGUCAAAGUAUAAGGAUACACAUUAAGUUGUUUAAAUGUGUAAUUUUUUUUAUAAAGUAUUUUUUUAAAAAGUUAUCUUUUAUUGUGCUGAAUUGGUUGGAUCUUUGUUUAUGCGUAUCAACUUUAAAAUUCUUUAUAUUAACUUCCCUUUUGUUCGUGUUAUUGUAGCGAAAUCUUCGGAGGGCUAAAUGACCCACUUGGUGUCUUUUUAUCGAGCUGUAGCUUGGCACAUGGAUUCCCGAUGACAGAGCAUUCUAUCAAAUUUUCAGUCCAAACUAAAAAAAAAAUCAGUUUUAACGUUACCAGAUAACACUGAUUUCACGAAAUAAAAUGCCCGAUAACUGCACUAAUGAAAUUCUUGAAAAUAUCGCAAGUGCGUUUGGUGCUCAAUAUUUUUUUUUUAACGGAAAUAGUUGUUGAGAUAAAUCUGCCGUGUAAAAAUGGGUGGGUCAUUAGAAUAUUAAUUUAGUUUAAGGGCGUGAAAAAAUGUGCGUUGCGAACCUGGGUGGGGGGGGGGCACUAAUUUGGUACUUUACUUAAAUGCAUGUUUUUUUCAAUUCUUAACUACACCCCCACUGCCAACCACCAAAUAAUUAUAUUAACUUUGCCUUUCUUCGUGUGUUUCUUUCUGUUAAACUAGAAUAAAUGGGCCCACGUUCUGGAACCAGCUCCCCUUCCAUAUACGUCAUAGUGAAACCUCGUCCAUUUUCAAAAAGUCCCUUAAAACUCAUCUGUUUAGGUCCGCCUAUGACCUGUGAUGCACCCUCCUUGCCCUACCUAAUUUUCUGUUUCGGUUUAAUCCUGAAGUGUCAAAGUGUCCUCGUUUUAUAGCCAUUUUCAUUGUUUCUAUAGAAUAGUAGUUACUAUCCUAGUGUCUCAUUUGUAUUUACUUAGUUUACAUGUUUUAAUAAUUGUAAAGCGCUUAGAGCUUUAUGAUAAGCGCUAUAUAAAAAUGCCUAAAUAAAUAAAUAAAUAAAUAAAUAAAUGACCCGAUGUUAUCGGGAUAAUAAUGGUAGGUCCUUGCGAUAAUUUAUAACUGCUAUCGCAAAAACUCAUCCCAAUUCAUAACUUUUAAAAUGUAAUGAUAUUUACGUUUCUAACAUCAUUAAGUUUAGAGAAUUAUUUAUCUGCUAUAUAGAUACGCGCCCCCUCCACCCUUUCCCCCUCCUAAACUACUCCCCCCCCCCCCCUCUAAACAUGACCUUAAAUUACCCAGUCUAAAUUAUCACUAAUUAUAUCACUUUUGUCACUAAAGAAGUUCUUCUUCUUCUAUAUAUAUUAAGGGCCCACGAUCAACUUAUUGAUCAUUUUGGCUCCUAUGCAUGUAGAGGGGAUUUGCAAUGUUUCUGUGCCUGGUGCUGAUGAGGAUAUUUCAAUGAUUACAAGUGCUACUUUAUGAAGGAAUCAUUCAAUGGGGGUUUUAAGGCUUGAGGCAAUAGACGCAAAUGUGUCUUGUGUUGUCGCCUCAACUGUUUCUUUUGAAAGAUUGUUCCAGUCCCUGAUUGCCUUGGUCAGGAAUGAGCAGUUUCUAUACUGGCUUCUUGCUGGUAUGAGCCGGAAUUGCCUGUCAUGGCCUCGUCGCUGUCUAUGGGGGAGAGAGACGAGUUUCUGUUUAAUACUGGAACAGGGGACCAGCCCAUUAUUUAUUUUGUACAUCAUGGAGAGCCUGGAUUGUCGUCGUCGUUUCUCCAAUGGUGACCAGCCUAGUGUUUCCAGCAUGCUGCCAACACUAGAGGAAUUCCUGUAUCGGUUCAGGACAAAGCGAGCCGCCCUUCGCUGGACCACUUCCAACCUGUCAAUGCUCUUCUGGGUAAAUGGGUCCCAGACUAAAGAUGCAUAAUCUAAAAUCGGACUGACAAUGGCUUUAUAUGCUCUUUCUUUUACACAGGAGUUGCCAAUCUUUAGAUUUCGCCUUAAGAACCCUAGGGUCUUGUUUGCCUUGGUUACAUACAUUGUUAAUAUGCUCGUCACAGCGGACCUCUCUUUGAAUGGUAACACCCAGGUACUUUACGGAGGAAACUGUCUCAAGUAUAUGGCCGUGCAGUUCGUAUUGGUAGUGUAGAGGAGAACAACUUCUAGAGACUGAUAUUGUCUGGCACUUGGCAGGUUGAAAUUCCAUGUCCCAGCUCAUGUCCCACUCAGCUAACCGAUUGAGACCCUGUUUUAGCUGGUCUUGGUCAGAUCUGUUGGCGGGACAAUUACUACGCUAGAGAAAUAAUUUAGAUUUACCCCUUUUCGUGUCCUUUAAUUCAACAUUUUCUCUCGAAAUUAAAAAAACAACUAAUCUUAAAUUUACAACAAUACUCUAUAUAUGAUAUAAAUAUAUUUUGUAUUACAGGAAUUUGACAUAUAUUUAUAUCUUCAACAUAAAUUUAAACACAUUUUUGCCUUUAAAAAAAAUAAAAAAUUAUACAUUAUCAGAAAAUCGUAAAACAAAGAAUUCUUCUAUCUAAAAAGAAUCUCGCAACAGUUUUUCAUGCUUAUAUCAGAGUUGACUGCAUUUUUUUAAAAGUUACAUUUUUAAUCUCAUAAAAAUACACACCUCUUUACUUUUUGCAAAGUAACAAAAAAAAAAAUAUUUUCAUUUAAAAAAAAAUAGAAACUACUAACCCAUAUUCAUUUGUCAAAAUUUAAUUUUCAAGUGGGUUUUGAUAUUCAUGGAUAUACUCAUAAAAAUGUACCAUAGAUUUGUUAACGUCAUUGAUUUUCUUAAUUGGUAACAUCUGUAUAUCUCUUUUUUCACAAAUGUAAUAUCCUAUGAUUUAAGUAUAUUGUCAUCCACGUAAAAAUGUACACAUCCUUUUUCCUAUCUCCGAUAUGUAUGUACCCAAGAAGGUUAAAUAUUAAUUAAAUAAAUUCCUUAAUUUUGGGACGUAUCUUGUGCUGCCUUGGGCAAAAUUAACAUACCAAUAUUUGUAAAAAAGAUAAUGUAACAUCUUAUUUUUUCACAAAUAUAAUACCCUAGAAGUUAACUCUGUUGUCACCCACGUAAGAAUUUACACAUCUUAUUUCCUACCUCCGACAUGUAUGUACUCAAGAAGGUUAAUUAUUUAGCAAAAUAAUUUCUUUAUUUUGAGACGUAUCUUGUGCUGCCUGGGGCAAAGUGACCAACCCCUCCCCCCACCCAGAUUUAACUUUAACUUUUUAUAAAAUAAAUGCAGAUUUACAAUAUUUUUUGCGCAUUUAAAUUUAUUCGAUUUCCUUAAAAAUAAUAGAAAAUAACUGUGACUCUUUUUAGGAAUCCGAACGUACUUAAAUCAUAUAGGCUCUUUUGCGUUAUGUCACUGUAGCUCAUUCUUAUAUACUAGACUAAAUGACCCGAUGUUAUCGGGAUAAUAAUGAUAGGUCCAUUGCGAUAGUUUCUACCUGCCAUUGCAAAACCUCAUCACAAUUCCUAACUUUAAAAAGAAGUAUCUAUGUAAUGAUAUUUACGUUUCUAACAUCAUUAAGUUUUAAUAAUUUUUAUCUGCUACAUAUAAUACGCCUAUCCUACUCUUUUUCACGCACCUAAACUAUAAUUCCCCUCUAAACAUGACUUUAAAUGAGCCAAUCUAAAUUAUCACUAAUUAUAUCACUUUUGUCACGAAGGAAGUUAAAUGAAGGAUGAUUUCUACGCUAGGGAAAUACUUUAGAUUUUCCCUUUUUCGUGCCAUUAAAUUCAAACUUUUUAAAAUAAAAAAAAAUGUUAAAAACAUAAUAUUAAAUUUACAACAAAAACUCUAGGUGUGAUAUACAGAUAUUUUAUAUGAAAGGAACUUGAUAUAUUUCUAUCUACAUCAACAAUUUAAACACACUUUUGCCUUGUUUUUUUAAAUCAUGCAUUAUCAGAAAAUAGUAAAACAAAGAAUUCUUUUAUCUAAAGAAGAAUCUCGCAACCGUUUUUCACGGCUAUAACAGACUUGAGUGUCUUCUUUCUUUAAUUGUUAAUCUCAUAAAAAUACACACUCACUUUACUUUUCGCAAAGUAAAAACAAAAAUAUAUUUUCAUAUUUUUAAAAAGAAAGUAUUAACCCUUCUCAAUUUUUCAAAAUUUAAUUUUCAAGUGUGUAAAAUGAUUGGGUUUUGAUAUUAAUGGGUAUAUUUUAAAAAAUCUACUAAGUUUUGAUAACGACAUUGAUUUUCUAAAUUGGUAAAAUAUGUUUUUUUUGUAAAAAGAGAAUGUAACAUCACUUUUUUCACAAAUGUAAUACCAUAAGAUUUUAAUAUAUUGUCAUACACGUAAAAAUGUACACAUCCUAUUUCCUACCUCCGAUAUGUAUGUACGCAAGAAGGUUAAUUAUUUAUCAUAUUCAUUCCUUAUUUUGAGACGUAUCUUGUGCUGCCAGGGGCAAAAUGACCAACCCCCCUCCCCUUUUUCUGAUUAAAAAAAAUAAUACAAUCUUCCAUCGGAUUGUAGUCCGUUCCAUAUAAACAACUAACAAUUAGCAUUUCAUAUGGCUUGUUCUUAUUUGGAUGAUUUAUUAAGUAGAUUAGUGAAUGCUAUGACUAUGGAGUUUUGCUGCACUGAUUAACAACGCACUAAAACAACUGAUGUUUGGGUCUUCCGGAUAAAUGUGAUUAUGAUGUAAUUCUUAGAUCAUAAUUUUUUGAUUACAUUUUGUAACUUUAAAUUCAGAUAAAAUGCUUAAAAUAGUUUCUUAGUAGUUAAUUUAAAUGUGUUUGUAAUUUAUAACAAGAAUAAUUAAACUUUUACUAAAAUAAAAACGGAUUUAAAAUAUUUUUACUCAUUUAAAAUUUAUUCGUUUUCCGUAAAAUAAUAGAAAAUAACUAUGAUUAUUUUUAAGAAUACGAACAUAUCUAAAUCAUUCCGGUUCUUUAGCGUUAAGAGUUCUUAUAUUUAUUCUUCAAAGUGCUUAUUGGCCCCUUUCCUGUCAUCCUAUCGAGCUGAACCUUGGCCCAUAGAUUCUUUGCCGUUAUAACACAUUUUUCAGCCACAAAACCCAAACACCAAACAUUAGUGUUUCCUGUUUUCAAAGGAAAUGUGAAGCAAAUAUUAUACAAUGAUCUCUUAAGAACUGCAGCCAUCACCAUGUCGUACUAAAAUACACAUAAAGCAUUCAUACUAAAAACUUUACUUUUAUGGAUUCUUUAAUUUAAAAUAAUUAUCGCUCAAAGAUUCUGAUAUUACUUUAUGUAAUACAAUAUACUACUUAAGGCAACGGAGAAGCUUCAUCCCCUACAUUAAAACAGAUCUUAGAAUCUGUGGUUGACGAUGAAGCAAGAGAAGACAUGGACAAACUGAUUAUUGCCUUGGACAAGCUCACUGUUGGGAAAUGCAUUGGAUCGGGUGAGUAGGUUUUAUAACCCACUGAAUGCAGUGGCGUAGCUAAGGGAGUGUGGGGGCGGACCGCACCGGGUGACACCAUCUCGGGGGGGGGGGGACGACACCAAUUUUUAAAACUGCCUAUUAACAGAUCACACACUGCUCUGUCUCAUCGAAUUUCAUCAAGUAUAAUCGAUCACAUGUAAAUUUUCAAACUCAUUUAACCAAUCCAAGUGAUACGGGGAAGGAUAUUGAUUUUGAUCAAGUGAUUGACAGGUUUGCAGCUUUGAAGACCAGGAAAGAAAAUUUUAAAUAUAGCAAAUUUAAUGUAAAAAUAACUAUAACUUAACGUUGUUACAGUUCUUAAAUACAUUUACCUCCUGACCUGCAAAUAAUUUUUUUUUGUUUUUGUCAUUGAAAUCCACCGUUUAAGUUAAGGGGAAAUGGGGGGUGACACCAUGAGUUUACCGCACCGGGUGACACCAACCCUUGCUACGCCACUGGGUGGUUGGGAGCUUUAACUUUCUAUCGUACAUCAAUUCAACAAUUUAUUAUAAUAUUACUAAAUAUUUUCUGUAUUGCAUUAUAACCAAGUAUUAUAUCAAGUUUAGAAUACAUACACUAAUUUACAAAUUCUUCUUCUUAUAUAUCUUGUUUCAGUUAACUCUAUUUACAAUUCUUAAAAAGUAGACUGAAGAUCUUUUUUUCAACUUCUAGGAAACUUUGGUUGCGUCUUCGAAGGAGUGUUAGAGACUGGGCCGGAGUCCCCACCAACGAAGGUUGCCAUUAAAACGUUACAAGGUUAGUGCUAGGUUGCAUGCUGUUUUGGUUGUUACAGAUAAAUUAAUACAGAUGAGUUGGUACUAGCCACCUUGGCUGACAUGUCCAUCGCCGAUACUGUUGAAACCGAAUACGUGAUGAUAUAUGCCACGCUGAUAUUUGACCAGACUCACUACACUUUAAUAAGGUCAUUAGUAAUCUUUCACCAAUAUUUAAAUGACAGUUAGAGAACGUACCCGUCUACAGUCUACAGUAAUGAUGACCAACCUUUUUUUUUUUUGCCCCACGCUUCACAUGGGAACCAAAAACAAGGUUGACUCUACCACCCAACCCUAAACUCUAUUGUAGAGGAAGACUUUAAAAAUGUCUUUGAGUUGCAGUCAGGAAUAUUGAAUUUUUGAAAAACUGAGCAUUGCAAGGAUAGAAAAAAAAAAUAAGUCUAAUUUCUAAAGCAAAAACUUUAACUCGAUGUAACCAUAACCCUAUGCAAUCAAACAUACUGGACUAUUCCCGUUCUCAGAUCCCAUGGCCUACAGCAUUGACCUGCUCGGGUUUGUCCAAGAAGCUGUUUUUAUGAAAGACUUUCAACAUCCUAAUGUCCUUGGUUUGGUCGGACUUGCUGAGAAAGAGCCAGGAGUACCUUACGUCAUAUUGCCUUUUAUGGAGAAGGGGGACCUACUGACCUAUAUUCGUGACCCUACAGUGGUAUGUGUAUCAUAAACUUUAAAUGAAAUACGCAACACAUUAAAUGAAUAUAACAAGAAACGCAGCAGGAAGUCGCAGAGAAAGAUAUCAACGAAAGACACAAUUAAAAUAUUCAAAUAGUGAUAAAACUGUAAAUUUUUAUUAUAGAUUGAUUGAUUCUCAGAAAAUGUUAAAUUAGAUGAAAUAUGUACAAAUCCGUGACAUUCGAAGAUAACCAGGGCUAGAGUGUGAGUAAUAGCCUUAACUUGCGCUAUAUUUUAUUUAAAGUGAAAAGUGUUGGGCGAUUCAUCAGCUUCCCUCUCUCGUCCUUGCCUAUUAGAUCCAGUGAUACGACUUGGUCAAGACACUGGAAACAGACCUGGCUGAAGUAGAAGGUUUCUUGUGUCUCACUGUGCUCUUUAUUCGUUCCAUGUCACAGGAGUUGGAAUUUUCUUUGAGUCUGUGUCAUACGGCGUACUGGACUCCUUCUCCGUGUUUGAUUGAUGGAACACCAAUUAAUAUGUUUAAAAUUUACUGAUUUUGACAGCACAACCAACCAGCCACCUUAAAAUAACGUUAGUUAAAAGACUGCAAUCAAAAUGUUUACAUUUUUCUUUGUGAAUCAACACGUUUGUUUUAUUGUAACAUUCCAAUUUAUUUUAUCGGACAGUGUUCUUACAUCAGUUGGUAAAAACAAAUGUCUUUAGUGAAAUAAAUAACACAUUUCGAGCCCCACCUCAUCAGGCCCAAACCCAUAAGCCCACACCUUAAAUCCCUGACCACAUAGCACCUAGCCCCCAACCCAAAAGCCACCACCCACAAGCAGACCAGUCGCCACUUUACCAGCCCCGAGCCAAUGAGCCCCUACUUCAUCUGCCCCCACCCGUACUACACCUGGUAUUAUCAUCGUGUCUAUAGUUCAAAAUAAGUCAUUAUUUUUGGUAAGGCUUCAUGGAUUUUUUUCCAGACGAUUACACUCCGUGACGUCAUCAAAUUUGGGGCUGACAUAGCUAACGGUAUGGCCUAUCUGAGUUCACUCAAGUUUGUCCACAGAGACUUGGCAGCCAGGAACUGUAUGUAAGUCAAACAUCUAUCUCGCUAAUUCUAUCGUGCUACUUCUAUCGUGCUAUAUCAUCGUACUACAUCUCUUUAUUGCAAUGUGGGGUUGUUUCUGGAAUGAAGACUUGAAUUUUUUUAAUGCACCUAAUUUAACACAAAUUACACAUCUCUUGUUCUUCAGCUCAUGACUACAUCAUUAAACAUUACCAUCCUUCUAUUCCCAGUAAUUGAAUGCCCAUAUUUCACAAUCUCCCGUAACCCUAUGACAAGGUAUGUGUGUAAAUAAUGUGUGUAUUUCUUUAAAGGUUAGACGGCAGUCUCUGUGUUAAAGUCGCCGACUUUGGCCUGUGCCGUGAUAUCUAUGAGAAGGGCUACUACACAAGUGACAACAAGAAGAAACUACCCAUUCGGUGGAUGGCGUUGGAGAGUAUUGAAAAUGGAGCCUACAGCACCAAGACGGAUGUUGUAAGACUAAACUUUCUGUUAUCUCAAAUAAUUGGAUUUAUUUCAAACUGUAUAUUUUUACUUUCAGGUUUUGUUAAUAUAAUUUACCCAUAUUUAAUUUCAUUUAAAGCUCUGCAUAAUUUCAACAAUUUUUUUGCGACAAAUCCUUCCAGUGGUCAUUGGGUGUCGUCAUGUGGGAAAUGUUGACACGUGGUCUCACCCCUUACCCAGGAGUCGAUGGUUGGGAUGUCGUGAACUUCCUGCGUCAAAGACGACUUCCGCCGCCUUACUUCUGCCCAGAGCAUUUGUGAGUUCUUUUUUUAAACUGAUGGUUUUAUAUCUGUUUCAAAUUCACUUAAUCCGGUGUUUCGCAUCGUGGCGCCCUCGUCCCACAGAGGGGCAAUUUGAGUAUUUUUGGGGGAAGGGGGCAAAAUCGAAAACGAGCUGUCUAUAAUUUGAAAACCAACCGUCUACUAUGAUUUAACUUUCUUUUAAAAAGGAAAAUCCUCAAAGUUUCAAUUUAAAAUAAGCGUUCGUUAAAAAUUCAUUUACUAUGUUUCCUCACCAAUUUCCUAAUUAUUUCUUUCUAAAUCCUAUCAUUUAAGUUUCUUCAGUGAACAACCCAAUUUUUUAAAUAUUUUGAAUGAUGUAUAUGCUACAUGGAAGGGGGUAAGAAUUUUAUAAAGGCUUAAGUGGGGCAUGGCACAAAAAAGGUUAGGAAACACUGACUAAUCGGUGCAAAUAAAAUUCUCAAAAUCCUUUUUUUUUUCUUACUUUAGUUUACGGCUAUACAAAAAGGAAGAUUUGUAAAAUAUCCUUAUUAGCUCAUUACCAAUGUUAAAUUACAUCAUUUGCAGGUACAAUGUAAUGAUGGUGUGUUGGGCGAAGGACCCCGAUCAGAGACCAAACUUUCAGACGAUUCAAAGGGAGUUAAUGCUUCUAAUAGAAGACUGUAUUCAGGACUCUCAAAAACUAGAACCAAAAUCAGAAAUGAGCCAAAAUGUGUACGUAGAUUUGCCAGUGGAUAAUAGUGACGUUACUGGAAAGUCUCAACAGAAAAAUGAAAAAAAAAAGACCAUUGUUGAAAUGCGUGAGUCUGUUUCCCAAGCUCCUGGUGUAGAAGGGGAACAAACAGCAAAAGACAAACUAUCGAAUGGGGUGAUAAGUGAGAAAAAGUGCUGUAAUAAAAUAACAUCCGGGCUCAAUGAAUUCGAGACAGCAGGGACAUCCAAAUCUAAGACAACGAAUUCUGCAGCUCAAGCCGAGACCCAAGAGAUUGUGGCUAAGACGGAAGACACUGGCGAUUAUGCUUUGUUAAGUAUCUUUUCGACAACAGGACCAAAAGUUGUAAAGAAUGUUGCAAUAACAAUACCAGAAUGCUAUUCCGACAGAGAUGUCAACAAAUCAGCCAUUGGAGUUUACGUCAAGCUGGUGGGGAACUACGAACCGCCCCGGAAGUUCACGAGUCCGUUCCGAAAGUUGACGAAACGACACAGCAAGAGAAUGGCAGAUAAAAUAAAUAGAAAAAGCCAGGCAAGAAAUGGGGUCAUGUCUAAUGAUUCCAUUAAAAGGGAUUUGUCAAACAGCGUGUCAGAAUGUCCAACACUGACGGUGACCACUGAUGGUGCCGCAUAUUUUGAGCUAGAGCCAAGGUCUGCAAGGCUAAGCCAAAUUUCAGACGAUGGGUGCAGCUCGACGAGAUCGUCUUAUACAACGCGCACGGCGGGGUCUGUGUGUAGUGUGUGGGGCGCUGUUACGCCUGGGUCUUCAUUCAGGAAUAUGACAGACAUUAACAUGAGAUAUGGUUCCAAUCCUUCUCUACUACGUCCCAAAGGAAGACAGACACGUCCGUUCAGUGAAAAUAAACCAUCUCUCCGGGAUGCGACUCCACUGAAUCACUCCCCGCUGCGUGCAAGCUGUGAUGUCAUUUUUGUACCGAAAGAAUCUGCCGAUGUUUAGUUGAUAAUUCUACACUUUCAUUUGGUUGGUCGGCCCUCGUGUGCCAACUCAUGCUUUGGGGUAGAGGUCAAGGACGUUGCUCCUGUUUAUAUGUUUUAUAUUUUUGUGGGGGCAGUCAGCAGGUCGAGUUUACUAUUCAAAGGAUCUUUAUUUUGUUUGCGCCAGAUCACUCUGAUACACAGCCAGGCCUUCCUAUCAAUGAUUCUGAAUGCCCAUCAGGUUGCUGUUCAAAGUGGUAUAAUAAUAACAUAAACAUUAGCCAUGUCCAAACACAUUAUAUUUCUUAAGGUUAUCAUUUUACAUUGUCCUCUCGCUUGUUCAUUCAGUAUUUCAAAGCGAGACACAUAUACCAAAAAUAAAUUUGUUAACAUUAUC